CCAGAACCUUCUUCCGGUGUUAAAUCUGACAUUUUAAGUGACCGGCAGAUAAACCUGAAUACCAGAAUCGCUUUGCAAUGUACUCGCCUCCCUCUCUGGAGUGGAGUGAGCUGUCACCUGCAUAGUGACCCCGGUUGGCCAGAGCGGUGAAACCCAGGAGGUGGAAAGGCCGACACUCUCACUACUGAAACCUGGAGCGGCUGGGAUCCACAAAGCGACGGGAAGGUGCCCUCCCGCUGGCAUCCACCUGGGGAGCCCUGGGGAGCAGCGCGCAGAGCCCGGGCGCGUCGCGGAGGACGCACUGCCUCCCGCGAUCCAAGGGGACAUCGGAGUUAACCAGCUGCUGCAGAGAUGUGACCCAGCCCCGCCGCCCAUGCGCGCACCCGAGACCCCUGCCCCCGGUCCCCCGGGCCUGCCUUUGCUGCUGGUGCUGCUUUGGGCGGCACAGUCCGGAUGUGCAGUUCCCUGUGUCUCUGGUGGCUUACCUAAACCCACAAAUAUCACCUUCUUAUCCAUAAACAUGAAGAAUGUCCUACAGUGGAAUCCACCAGAAGAUCUGCAAGGCAUUGAAGUUAGGUACACUGUGCAGUACUUCAUAUAUGGGCAAAAGAAGUGGCUGAAUAAAUCCGAAUGUAGAAAUAUCAAUAGGACCUACUGUGAUCUUUCUGCUGAAACUUCUGACUAUGAACACCAAUAUUAUGCCAAAGUUAAGGCCAUUUGGGAAAAAAAUUGUUCUAAAUGGACUGAAACUGGACGAUUCUAUCCUUUUUUAGAAACACAAAUUGGCCCACCAGAGGUUGCUCUAACCACUGACGAAAAGUCCAUUUCUAUUGUCCUGACGGCUCCAGAGAAGUGGAAGAGAAAUCCAGAAGACAGAACAGUUUCCAUGCAACAAAUAUACUCCAAUCUGAAGUACAACGUGUCCGUGUAUAACACCAAAUCAAAAAGAAUGUGGUCCCAGUGUGUCACCAACCACACACUGGUGCUCAGCUGGUUGGAGCCAAACACUCUAUACUGUGUCCACGUGGAGUCCUUUGUCCCAGGGCCCCCUCGCCACAUGCGACCUUCUCAGAAGCAGUGUGUCAGUACUUUGGAAGAUCCAUCAUCAGCAUUGAAAGUUAAAAUCAUCUUCUGGUAUGUUUUGCCCAUAUCUGUAAUCGUGUUUCUUUUUUCUGUGAUUGGCUACUCCAUCUACCGAUAUAUCCACGUUGGCAAAGAGAAGCCCCCAGCAAAUUUGAUUUUGAUUUAUGGAAAUGAAUUUGACAAAAGGUUCUUUGUGCCUGCUGAAAAAAUCAUGAUUAACUUUAUCACCCUCAGUCUUUUGGAUGAUUCUAAAAUUCCUCAGAAGGAUAUGAGUUUACUGGAGAUAAGUAGCGACGGAACCAACCUUAAUGAUGCUGAGUCCCUCGGGGACCCAGAGCCCCAUCCAGAGGAGGUGGAGACCAUACACCUAGGGUAUGCUUCCCAUUUGAUGGAAAUCUUCUGUGACUCCGAGGAGAACGCCAAAGAAACUUCUCUAACCCAGCAAGAGUCGCCCAGCAGAACAAUCCCCGCAGGUAAAGCAGUUGUCCAAUAUGAGUAUGACGUAACAACUGGCAUCUGCAGGGGGCCUGAAGAUGAAGAGCUCUGUGUGCAGGAAGGGGUGUCCACGCAAGGAAAAUUAGUUGAUCAACAAGCAGCUUUGGCCAACUUGGGCCCACAAACGUUACUGGGUUCCUAUACCCCUCGGCUCAGCGACUUGCUUCACCUGGAACUCCAGCAAACAGGCUCAGAAGAGGGGCUAGAGGAAGAGCCAUCCACAACACUGGUCGAUUGGGACCCUCGGACGGGCAGGCUGUGUAUACCUUCAUUAUCUACCUUUGACCAGGACUCCCAGGGCUGUGAGCAUCAUGAGCCUGACCAACUCUCAGAGGAGGGCCUUUUGUCUAGACUCUAUGAGAAACAGGCACCAGGCAAGUCACCAGAAGAGAAGGAAAACUAUCUCAAGCAAUUUAUGGAGGAAUGGGGAUUGUAUGUACAAAUGGAAAACUAACCCAAGACUUCCCUACCAUGACUCAGUGCAAACAAACGAGGGACCCAACAAUAAAGAAUCUGGACUACAAGUAGUGUAUUCAGAUGCAUCAGGGUCAGCAAGAAUGAGUUAUUUCUUCCUCCUGUUCUCCUUUGCACUUGUUUGGUCUUGCUUCCUGUGGGUGUCUGGCUCACACAUGUGGGUCUCUUACAAUAGUGAUGUGCCCCCCUGGGGUACAGGGACUGGCCACUGGACUGGGCAUUCAGUGAAUGUUUUCCAUGUUGAGUGCAGAACUUAUUCAGGAGGGUGCAUUGAGGCCACUUUGUGUAUUAGGUUCUAACAAGCAUGCUUCUCCAGUUUUCUUCUGGGCAUUUACCACAUGUAUGUAAUGCUAUAAAGACAGUUCAUAAGGGCCAUUUAUGUUACAAUGCUACUUUUCUAGAACAUUUUGAUUUUGAGGAUGAGAUACUGGAAAAAUAUAUUAAAAAAAAUAGGUCACAUGUUAAAGACCAACCCACUCUUCACUCAUAAUAAUCCAGGCUUAGAGGGAGUACUCAGGCACAAACCUCCAUGAUGUUACUUGCUUUUGUCUACCCUAAGAGGUGAUACCCUAAGUUCUGGAGCAUGAACAUAAAUGAUUAUUCUUUUGUAACAGAAAAAUGCCCCUUCAGUCAUUCAGUAGGGGCUUUUGUUGUCCCUCAAAACUAACCCAAACAUAAUUGCCACAUUUUAUAAUAGAUUAUUACAUUUAUUUCUGGAAAUGUGUUGUUAAAAAGAUAUUUACAUAAUCUGUAAUCCAGGGGGUUCCAGAAGCUGGAGUACUAUGUUACUCUUUUUUGUCAAGUAUUUUCAAGUGCCUGGCAGACUCUUUGGAGUACGUGUGAGUGAGUAUCCUCUGUCUGCAUAAUAUGAAAAUCAGUAAAUAAAUGCAGGUCAUAAGAAAAGAUAAUUUAAUGAACUUGGAGAGUUUAUUAACAUUUGACAUAAUUUACUGUGGGAACUAAAAUGUACCAUGAAAUAACACCUUCUUGGUUAAAUUCCAGUAACUAUCUCCAUGUCCUUUUCCAAUUGUUUAGACAAUUCUACAGUCAUAUUGCAUUAAAAUGUGACAGAAUUUAUAAAGUGGAACCAUAUAAAAUUAUUGGUAUUAAGUUGUUUGAGAUCUGUGUAAACAGCAAUUACAUAUGGCCUACCUUAAUAUAUAUUUGUUUUAAUCAUGAACUCAUAAUUCACUGAUGCUCUUUCAGGAAAACAGAUACUAUCCAUAUUUCCUCAUCAUGUUUUUAACAAAGGCAGACAACGCUGGUAGGAAAGAUGGAUUUGGGGGUCAUGGUCUUUUGUGAUUGUCCACAAAUCCAAACAGUUUAUGAUCUAAUGGUUUAAUUUACAGCAUAAUUAUAUUAACCAGAGUGUUCUGUUCUAACUAUAUUUGUAGAAAUGAUUCUGUUGUUUUGAAGAGCAAAAUUUCAACAUGAACUAUAAAAAAAGUUCAGGAGUGCAAGAGAAUGAGUUGUUAUUAAAG